UUUUAAUAUCCUUCCUUCCUCGCGUACCCUAGGAUCCACUCCACUCCCCUUUCUUUCUAUAAUACACUAAGCUCCCGAGAUCUCCACCCAAAAAGCUCUCCCCUUUUUCACCUUUCUGUCACUUUCCCGAGAAAGUAAGCGAAACCCAUGAAGACAGACAACCCAGUUUCUGAAUAACUAACUCCCCCCCUCGGCCUUCUGAACUACAAACUGUUCAACUCACCCAAAAAAAUGGAGACUUUCGGUUGCAGGGCAAUCGCCAUUUUCUUCCUUCUCCUCCUGAUUCAAUCCUCAACAGCGCAGCAGCUACCUCCAAGCGAAACCAGGGUCCUCUACCGAAUCCAGAAGCUGCUGGAAUACCCCGAGCCUCUCCAAUCAUGGAACAACUGGACCAACUUCUGCUACCUCCCUGCCUCCCCUGCCCUCACCGUCCUCUGCUCCUCCGACGGCCACGUCACCGAGCUCACAAUCCGCGGCAACAAAACCUCCCCGUCUCGCCUUCCAAACCCAAUCCCCAAAAACAAAACCUUCUUCGCCCUCUCCGGCAAGUUCUCACUUGACUCUCUCUUCACCGACCUCACCAAGCUUCCCAAUCUGAAAACCCUGUCCCUCGUAUCCUUAGGCUUGUGGGGUCACUUACCGUCCAAAAUCAACAGAUUUGCUUCACUCCAGGUCUUUAAUCUGAGCUCCAAUUUCAUCACCGGCGAAAUCCCGCCAUCAAUCGGAUCGCUCAAAACCCUGACGAGCCUCGUCCUCGCCGACAAUCUGAUCAAUGGAACAGUCCCCGGUGACAUCAAAAUGUUGGUCUCGCUCCAGGAGCUGAACUUGGGGGGAAACAAUCUGAGAUCCGAAUUUCCUUCUGCAGCAAUACUCAAGUCUCUGAUUCAUCUUCAGAGACUGAACCUGUCGCGAAACAAGCUGAUGGGUCCAAUCCCGCCUGCUCUGUUCUCUCUGCCUUCGAUUCAAUCCGUCGAUUUGAGUGACAACAAUUUGAAUGGAGCUCUUCCAGUCAACACGUCGUGCGGGUCUCAGCUUCGGUUCGUCGACCUCUCAAGCAACCUUCUGGUGGGGAACUUGCCGUCUUGCAUUUCGUCGUCGGCGAUUGCUUCAUGGAACUGCUUGUCCGGCGGGAAGCCUAAGCAGCAUCCGUACUCUUUCUGUCACAAGGAAGCAUUGGCUGUUAAGCCUCCGACGAACAAAGGGAAAAAACAGGGCUCCUCUUCUUCUUCGAUUAGGCUUGGGAUCAUACUUGGGAUCAUUGGAGGCGCCGUGGGGCUGAGUUUUUUAAUUGGGUUAGUGAUUUUCGUCAUGGUUAGAAGAUCUGAUGCCAAGGAACUGGCACCUGAGCACAGGUUUGCGCCGUCCUUGGCUGACAAAAUGUCGGUCCGAAGCUCCGUUCAUACAUUCGAGUCCAGGAGGGUGCCUAAGACGAUGAGAUCAGCGGCAAUUGGACUGCCGCCGUAUCAUAUUUUCUCGCUGGAGGAGAUUGAGGACGCCACCAAUAACUUCGACCCGCUGAAUUUCAUUGGAGAGAGUACUCAGGGACAGCUCUACAAAGGGUGCCUCGUAGAUGGAUCGGAGGUUCUGGUGAAGAGUGUGAAGUUGAAGCACAAGAAUCUGCCUCAAAACCUGAUGCAGCACAUAGAGGUGCUGUCAAAGCUAAGGCAUCUGCAUUUGGUCAGCGUUUUGGGGCACUGCAUUGUCACUUUCCAGGAUCAUCCCACCUCCGUAGCAACUCUUUUCGUAAUUUUCGAGCACAUUACGAAUGGGUCGCUCCACGAUUAUCUCACAGAUAGGAGAAAGAAAGAGGUGCUGAAAUGGCCGCAAAGGAUGGGUAUCACGAUGGGAGUUGCCAGGGGAAUCCACUUCCUGCACACUGGAGUGGCGCCGGGGAUCUUUGGGAAUGAUGUGAAGAUGGAGAAUGUGUUGUUGGACGAAAGCCUCACUGCGAAACUCAGCAACUAUACACUUCCUUUGCCGUCGAAGGUGGUUUCCAUUGCCGCGUUGAGGAUUGAAGUUAGUUUGAAUCCUUGUUUUGGUUUUCUCUGUUUGACGUUCGAACUUUGCAGCACCGAGAACUCGGACAAAGAAGAUGUGUACCAGCUGGGAAUGAUCGUGCUCCAACUUAUCACAGGCAAACGUAUCAAAUCCUCCGAGGAAGUGGAAGAACUCAAGGCGCAACUAGAGAAAGGGUUGGCAGAGGGUCAAUCCAAGCUGAGGGAUAUGGCAGACUCCACCACAAAGGGCACCUACGCGUACGAAUCGUUGCGAACUGCAGCAGAGAUCACCAUCAACUGUCUCUCCAAGGAGCCCAAUAGCCGGCCUUCAAUAGAAGACGUGCUUUGGAAUUUGCAGUACUCGAGCCAAGUUCAGGAUGGAUGGAACAGCAGUGGAAACCUUAAUACUUCUCAGAUGUAGUGGCAAUAGCUCUUUUUUUUUUCUUUUUCCUUCUUGUCAACCCUUUCGUGACCAUGUACAUGAUAGUUAUCGUCGUGAUCUCCACGCUUCUCCAACAGCCCUACUCCCUUGAAUCGCCACAUUGACUAGUUCAUGGAACAUGGAAAGCCAGAAUGCACUUUAAGUGUCGCCGACCUGAAAUCUUUUACCCCCAUGAAAAGUUUUGCGUCCCAACCUUCCCCUAAAGCACAAGGCAUUUCGCCACGCAGCUAAGGGCAAGAUUAAGGAGCAGAGGGGAGCAUGUCAAGAGCCAUUUAUGACAAUCCACACUCAGAAUAGGCUCAACA